AUGAAAGUGGCAACAGUGCAUUGCAUAAUAUUUGGUUAUGUAUAUUCUCCCUACUCAACCCCUCUCUGUUUAUUCUUUUCUUUCUGAAGUCGCGUUAAAUGUGGAUUGUAGGUUACUGUUCUGUGAUUGUAGGCGCUCACUGAUCAUGGCAGCAGGUCCUACUAACCUUGCAAAUUCUGAUAAUUUAAAUACAAAAAAUGGUAACUUUAUUUGCGGGGUUAUAGAGGGUUUCUAUGGCAGACCAUGGACAACGGAGCAAAGGAAAGAUUUAUUUCAAAAAUUGAAGAAAUGGGGCUUAGAUUCGUACGUAUAUGCCCCAAAAGAUGAUUACAAGCACAGAGCGUACUGGCGGGAGUUGUACACAGUGGAAGAAGCCGAGCAUCUAACCGGCUUGAUUUCUGCGGCCAAAGAACACAAUGUUACAUUUUAUUACGCGUUAUCGCCCGGUUUAGAUGUAACCUAUAGUAGUACAAAAGAAAUAACAGCCUUAAAAAGAAAAUUAGAACAAGUAGCACAAUUUGGUUGUACGGCAUUUGCGUUAUUAUUCGAUGAUAUUGAACCGGAAAUGUCCGAGGCCGAUAAGGAGAUAUUCCAAUCGUUUGCUCAUGCACAAGUUUCUGUUACAAAUGAAAUUUAUCAACAUUUAGGUCAACCCAAGUUUCUAUUGUGUCCUACGCAGUAUUGUGAAUCGCGAGCGAUGCCAAAUGUUACCAACUCCGAGUAUUUAAAUACGCUAGGUUCAAAACUUGCACAAGAAAUCGACGUAAUGUGGACUGGUCCCAAAGUAGUUUCGAGGAUAUUAACAGCCGAUUCAAUACAGAAGAUUACAGAUGUCCUACGGAGACCUCCAGUUAUUUGGGAUAAUAUUCAUGCGAAUGAUUAUGACCAAAAAAGAGUAUUUUUAGGACCGUACUCGGGGAGAUCGCCUGAUUUGAUUCCUAAGCUACGAGGUGUAUUGACUAAUCCUAACUGUGAAUAUGGUGCCAAUUUUAUUGCCAUACACACACUUUCGCAAUGGUCACGGUGCAAUGUAAAUGGACAGAGAGAUUUAACUCUGAAUGACACCGUAUCAGCAGAUAUUAAACUUGAGACUGAAACUGAAGACGGUUUAUCCGGUGAAGACGUCCCUGCGACCUUAUCCCCAAACAUGUACCAUCCAAGACUGGCACUUCGAAACGCUAUUAAAGAAUGGCUACCGGAAUUUUCAAGGCAAAAAGCUGCAUGGGGCCCAAUCGCAAAACCUCAACCGGCCAUAACAGGUAACAAAGAAACAGUUGUACCUGUCCCUAUAAUACCCUCGAUCAAUACAUGUAUGAGUCUUACCACUACGACCACGACAACGUCGAGUGGUAUUGCUGCCACUCCUAUAGUUAAUACUACACAGUUGCAAGCCUUAGCAGAAGUGUGUAGUACCGUAACCGUGUCUGGUAGUGAUAGUCUUGUAAACCCCAUUCCGGCUCCCGUAAUGAAUUCUUUAGUAUCUGAAACGAAAGUAGUGUGUAACGAGUCCAUUCCGAAUCCUAUAACACCAGUGCCGAUACCGAUUCUUCCAUCAGAUUCUUCUAAGAGUAUAACAAUUUUAAACGGCGCCCACGUCAAGAUAGAUAAAGAGAAAUUGUUGGGGAAACAUAAAAAAUGUGACCAAAAUGGUGAUAGUAAGGACGAGGAGGAAGGAAGUAAGAUAGAUACCCUGCCGAAAGAUGAAGUGUCCAUGAAUACGGAUAGUAGUACUGAAUGUAACGAUUCUAGUCUAAGUCCCUCGGAACCGAUGGACUGCAAUAGUACACCAAAUGCUUCACCUUCACAUCUCAAUAAAUGCUGUAGUUCAAAUGAAGAUGUCGCUAUGAUAGAAACUUCUACGUCAAGCGGAAGUAUGCAGAUUGAAGCCAGUGACGCUCUAAAUAAUCAAAUCAAUGCAGAAAAUGAAAACACUAGGUAUUUUGGAGGUGUUACUAGUAUGAUAAUUACAGUAAUUCUUUUUAGAAAGGAAUGCGAGUUAACAGUGGAAGAUUUGUCGCUUUUGUGCGACCUGUUUUAUUUGCCUUUUGAACAUGGAGGACAAGGUCUGCAAUUACUACAGGAAUUUAAUUGGCUCAAAUCAAAUGCCCCGUUAGUUAUGACUUCUGGCGCAAUCAAAAAUAAAUCUCAACCUGAAGUGCAAGAAUGGUUCACGCGAGCGGAUAAAAUGAACGAAAUGGCGCAAGCCGUCAACCGCCUGUUCCAACAUUUAAGUGGAUGCAAUAACAGAGAGCUGCUAUACGAUUUAUACGCCUACGUGUGGGAUAUUCGUGGCGUAAUAUCACUGUUGAACUCGUACAUCAAAUGGCUGGCUGGAGGCCAGUUUCCUGCAUCUAUGCCAUCCUACACCCAGGGGAAUUACACAUGGUUCUCAAAGGGUUGGAAGGAAACAUUUAUGAGCGGUGAACAGGAGCCUUGGGUAUUCCGGGGGGGACUAACAGCAGAUCUUCAACGACUCAUACCAGUUGAUUCCGGAAAUGACUUGUUUAUCUACAAAGCGCCAGAUGUCCCUACAUGUCGAGUGUAUACAAUUCGUCCGUACACUACGCAAGAUGAACGUCGUGUUUAUGAUGUGUGCACCCGUACUUGUAAAGAUGGUUUAGAAGAUGCCCACCCUUAUCCUGAAGAUCUAAAGGAUUUAAACGCCGAUUGUAUAGUUGGUCCAUACUUAACUUUACAUCCAGAGUUUUGUAUGGUAGUUGAAGAUGAGACUGGUGUAGUAGGUUACGCAUGCGCCGCUCUAGACUAUAAGAAGUUUAGGGUAAAAGAAGAGGUCGCAUGGAUACCAGACAUGUGCUUAAAAUAUCCAAUGCAAGACUCUCACUGUGAUCUUUCAAAAUUAGCACAGGAAAGUCUGUCGUAUUUGCAUAAUUACAAAGAUAAAUUGUAUGUGUCAAGUUCCACGCAUCCUUCUAGUAUGACAUGCAGUUUAUUGCCGUCAGUGUUGGAUCAGUCAGUGAGCAAACGAUUGGUCACAUGCCUAUUGGCAGCAUUACGAGCGAAUGGCUCAUUUGGUGUACAUGUCGUUAUGAACACAAUGGAUAAUUACACACACGCAUUCUACGGAAAGUUGGGUUUUGUUGAGAACACGCACGACGCUUUAAAAGGUAAAAUUGUGAUGGGACGCACUUUUUAGGCAUUAGCAUUUUGACUGACAAUUUAAUUUUACUACUCCUAAUUUUGUAUAUAGCUCGUAAUUAUUUUGUAAUAUGUACUAUAAGAUAUACUUAUUAAAUAAUGACGGAUAUGUAAUUUAAUAUCAUAUACAUAGUAGUUAUAAGGUCGUUUUGAUAUUUAAAAGAUAAACUAGGCAACUGCAUUUUGAAUUUACUGUUAAUUAUCUUUAGUUUUGUAAUAAAUACAAUUUUGAUGUAGUGUUAUCAAAAUGCUGUUGUUAGAGUAUAACUUAAUUAUAAAAUAAAAUUUUUGUGGAAAUUGGCCGACGUUGGGAUUGAA